CUCAGCUCAUGCAAGGCUUCAGAGCAUUGGCACGUCUUCGACUUCCAAUCUUUCCACAUCACGCUCGGCCAACUCUUACCUAGGUAGUGCGCAACAUAAUGUAACCUCUAUCUUGUCUUGUGUCGCGCCCCUAUCAAUUCUUUUCCGUCUCCAGAUCUCAUGUUCAAUUCCACGAACUCUCCUCCCUGCCCCCCCCAUCACCAUGGCCACCACCUCCAGGCCAGCCUCAGCCGCCCAGCCUCGUUCCCGGUCGAGCUCUUACCAUGACCCCGCCUCCCCCCACUUCGUGACCGACCAUGUGCCCGUCGAGGUGCUGGUCAGGCACCUUCUGGCAGCCAAGCAGUCGCUCUCGUCGAUGGCGUUGGUCCUACGGGCCAACGACUUGUUAACCCACGCCCGCGGAAUGCAGGAGGAGUCGGUCAUCCUUGGCGCACAGACUGGUUUCUUGCGCCGGUUGAUUGAUGAGGAGGCUUUGGUCCUGCGCCGGCUCCGGGCAGUCGUCGGGCGCUCGUACGACAAAGGCCAGCGCGAUUUCAAGCAACUCAUUCGCACCCUGGAUGUCGAAAACGACAAGCUUGAGCAGACGAUGCGGAUGCUGCGGGAGACGACUGUUGACAGGGUAUUCCGGCCGCCGGGAGAAGAGGAGAAAAGUUUGAUGGACUUUAUCGACGAGGACAGUGUAGAGGGGAUACGGAAUGCUCUGAAGGGCAGCAUCGCAGAUUUGCAGGCCGCGCAAACAUCCUUUGAUGGCGAUCUGCUCCGCUUCGACGACGACAUCCGCCUGCUCAACAAAGCUUUGACCUCCGCGCCUUCCCCAAACUCCCCGUCGUCCUCCGCCGCGUACCAGCCGAUCCCUCGCCUCCUGGAUUCCCUAGCUGAGCGAUCCCACGCCAUGGCGCAGCACCUCUCUUCCCUCAACAACCACUUCGACAUGUGCGUCAAAGCCGUUCGAGCGACCGAAGGAGGCGCUGCCCUCGCUCGCCGCCGCGCCGCCGAAGCAACCAACGACGGCGAUCCGGUGUCCAUCUCGGGGGUCAUUACCGAGCAGGAGUCACACCUCCCCGAUCUGGAGCCGAUGGAUCCGCAGGAGCUCGCCGAGAUCGUACAAGUGGUGAUGGAGGACGCACCCGAGGUAGACGAGGUGGUAGCUGAGAUCCAAGCGACGCUGCAGCAGAUGGAGCAGGAGUUUGGCGUACUCAAAGAGCAGGUUGAUCGGAUCCGGGUCGUGUGGAUGGCCACGUUGACUGCAUUCCAGGUCCUGGAGGAGCUCGGAACGCGGCUGCACGACUACGUUUCGGCAAAACACGAAUUCGAGCAGCGCUGGACCGACGAGAAGGACAUCAUUCUCGCCAGGCUCGAGGAGAUGGACGCGCUGAGGCGGUUUUACGAGGGCUAUGCGAGUGCAUACGACAGCCUGCGGUUUGAGGCGGAGCGGAGGAGGGCGGUGGAGGAGAAGAUACAGAACACGCUGCGCAAGGCCAGAGACAAUGUAGAUAUCCUGAUUGAGGCUGACAGGAAGCAACGGGAGCACUUUCGGCAGGAGGUGGGCGAGUUCCUGCCGACGGACCUGUGGGUGGGCAUGAAUAAUCCGCUCAAGAGGUGGGAGCUGGUGCCGGUCGAGGGUCCGUCGGAGUCGCAACAAGACCUGACCACGCCGACACUGGCAAAAGCGGUGGCCAAGGGCAAGGCCCCAGCCAGGUAGUUUCUCGGGUGCGUCUUCCUUUGCUUGUUAUCGUUAUUCUUGCUAUCCUCAGGGACGGGCCGGGCGGCGUUGGCCUUGGAGUACUUGCUUGGGCAUACCCGGUCAUGUUUUUGGAGUCAGGCUGUUGGAGUGUAUUGUAGUGUGCUUCAAGAACAACUGCGUGACUGUGUCAUCUUAUCACCAGGCUUUUGAGUGUUCU